AAUCUCCGCUUUACAAGCUGCCCAUCAUCUAUAAAACCCACACAUUCCAUUCUCAGUCCAUACACACUGCCGUAUUUCAUAGCCAUGGAGUCUCAAAACCCCCAAACAUCUGAAAACUUAGACAGCAACCCCACCUCUCCUUCACCGGCUAACUUAGUUCAUAAAGUGAAAAGCAACUUGGUUUUUCAAUCCAAAUGGGCUGAACUGAAUGGUGCCAUGGGAGACUUAGGCACAUAUAUUCCUAUUGUAUUGGCCUUGACACUUGCCAAGGACCUUAACUUAGGCACCACAUUGAUAUUCACUGGUGUCUACAACAUGGUCACUGGCGUCAUAUAUGGUGUUCCAAUGCCCGUCCAACCCAUGAAGUCGAUAGCAGCGGUAGCUAUAUCGGAUGGUCCGGAUUUUAAUAUCCCGGAAAUAAUGGCGGCCGGGAUUUGUACCGGUGCAAUCUUGUUGGUCUUGGGUGCUACAGGGUUGAUGCAGCUAGUGUACAAACUGAUACCUCUAUCUGUUGUUAGGGGAAUUCAGUUGUCACAAGGCUUGGCAUUUGCUAUGACUGCCGUUAAGUACAUUAGAAAGGUUCAGGAUUUUUCGAAAUCGAAAUCUAAAGAGAAUAGGCAUUGGGUGGGAUUGGAUGGACUGAUUUUGGCUAUUGUGUGCGCUUGUUUCAUAAUUGUUAUCAAUGGUGCAGGUGAAGAAAGAAAGGAAAGAGAGACUGGUAAUGUUGAUGAUGAAGAAAGGAAUAUGAGAAGUAAGAGAAUCAAGAAAACCAUGGCUAAUAUUCCUUCAGCUUUUAUCGUUUUCUUAUCAGGCGUAGUUUUGGCAUUCAUACGAAAGCCUGCCGUGGUGAAAGACAUUAAAUUUGGACCUUCAUCAAUGGAGGUCGUGCAAUUCACUAGUCAUGCAUGGAAACAAGGAUUCAUCAAGGGAACCAUUCCUCAACUGCCAUUAUCAAUUCUGAACUCAGUGAUUGCAGUCUGCAAGUUGUCAUCAGAUCUGUUUCCAGGAAAGGAAUUCUCAGCUACUGCGGUUUCAAUAACCGUGGGGCUAAUGAACUUGGUGGGGUGCUGGUUUGGUGCCAUGCCAUGCUGCCAUGGUGCAGGUGGGUUAGCCGGGCAGUACAAGUUUGGAGGCAGGAGUGGUGGGAGUGUAGCCAUUCUAGGUGCAGCCAAGAUGGCGUUGGGUUUGGUUUUAGGAACAUCUUUGGCAAGGAUUUUGGACUGGUUUCCGGUUGGCAUUUUGGGUGUUCUACUAUUAUUUGCAGGGAUUGAGCUAGCAAUGACCUGCAGGGAUAUGAAUUCAAAGGGAGAGUGUUUUGUAAUGUUGAUAUGCACAACUGUUUCGCUUGUAGGUUCAAGUGCAGCACUGGGAUUUGUUUGUGGAAUGGUGGUGCAUGUGCUUCUCAAACUAAGGAAUUACUCGAGCCGAGACCAGUCAGGUUGUACGGUGUUCAUCAAUGGAACUCCAUAACAACACCAUGCUUUUCCAAGUAAUGCUUUAAAGAACUGAAUAAGUGUACGUUAUGGCCUCCAUAACAAUACCAUGCUUCUUGCAUAUCAUGUUUGAUCGAUAUUGUAAUUCUACCAUUGCAUGUAGGGUGUGUUUUUAUUUCUCGUAGUUUCUUAUAUUAUGUUUAAUUAUAUAAACUAUUGGUGUAAAUUAUUUGAUAAUUAAAGCUCUCUCUUUCUCUUUU